AUGGCAUCUUCUGGAUUUUGCCUUGUUACUCCGGCCUCUCGAGGACUGGGGUUUGCAUUUGCGCGGUAUCUCUUAGCGAAUUCCAACCUGCCUGUUGUAGCAACUGCGCGACAGAAUUGCGAUGAAGUUCACGACCAACUGCUCUCGGGUAUCAAGGACAAGGAAAGACUACAAGUUCUCCCGGUUGACGUGAUUGAUGAAUCCUCCAUCUCCUCCAUGACAUCCUAUCUCCGCGACACCUACCCCAACACCCCCCUCCGUCUAGCACUAACCCUCCCCGGCAUCCUCCACGUCGAAAAAUCCCCCUCCCAAAUCUCCGCAUCCAACGCCCUACACAGCUUCCAAGUCAACGCCCUCGGCCCCCUCCUCCUAAUGAAGCACCUAACCCCCUUCCUCCCCACCAAAUCAUCCCCUCCCUUCGAACCAACAAGAGAUGGAGUAAAUCUCCCCUCCCAUGCCAUCUACGCGAUGAUGGCUGCGCGUGUGGGAUCUAUCUCCGAUAACUCCUCGGGGGGCUGGUAUUCAUACCGGGCUAGUAAAGCGGCUGUGUUUCAACUGGCGAAGACGUUGGAUUUGCAUCUGCGGACGCGUAGUCGGGAGAGGUCGUGCGCGGUUGCUUUGCAUCCUGGGACUGUGAGGACGGAUUUUACGAGGGAGUAUUGGGAUGGAAGGGAGAUGUUGGCGGCAGAUGAGGCGGCGGGGAAGUUGUUGGGGGUUUUGGUGGAGAUGGGGAUGGAGGGAAGGGGGAGGUGUUGGGAUUGGAGGGGGGAGGAGGUGGUGCCCUGA